AUGAGACUAUUGUCAAAGACAGAGAUGUCACGAAAGGGUUGGAGGAGACCUUUACAAAAGAGAAGUCUAUAUCUACAGACGAACAACAAACUGGUGAUACUGGAGUGUCACCACGCACAGGAGGCAAUAACACUGAUAAACUGGGUUACCCUAGAGUGGAUAAAAGGACACAGCGGGUCUCUCGGCAAUGAUGCCGCCGACGAGCUUGCCAGGAGGUUCCGGAUUUUUGCUGGAUGGCCCGUCAGUCCCUCAUCGGGGAAGGCGGGGUGCUAUAUUUACUUCGUGCACUCCAGUGAGCUUCCGUCCCGCCCUUUAGGCGAGUAUCACACUCACGACCGCGCAGCAGAGGUCCGAGUCUCACAGGAGACGCCCAUGGGAACAAUCCCAUUAUCAGAGCUACGCACGCCAAAACAGCCUGAGCUGGGCUGUCAAGGCCAACCGAGCAAUACCAUUAAGCUGGUUGAAGUUGUUCUUUUUAAGACGGAGGAAAUGCAGCCCGUUCCUUCCACACAAUGGCAGGAUCCUUAG